UCGGAAUUCUUCACCCAAUAUUAGAAACUUCGUCUGCUUCAAAGUAACAAAACAAAAGAACUUGUCAAAAGAAACAGUCAUAGUUAGUGGGAAAUAUUGACAUAUUCGGCUGUCUGUAAAAACAAAAGAAAAAGAAACAAGUAAUUGUAAAGCCCGGUUAUAAAUAUCAGACUCUUUGGCUGAGCUGCGGAGGGAAAAUAUGUCGGUGAUCAGGGGCAACUCCCUACUGGCACUGGUACACCGAACAGCUAGAAACCAAACUCUCUUCAGACAUGUCACACACACAGCACAAUACUCUACCAGCCAGCCAACAACCAGAACUUCUGAGGAACUCAAGAAUUUCAAACCAGUCUAUAAAUUACCUUAUAUAGUUCAUGCCAGGGUACUAUGCAGGCUAAAAUUGUACCAAACUGCUGUAGUUUUGUGUCUCACCGGAGCAUCAGUUGCAACACAAGCUGAUCUUUUUUUUCCUUUAACUGUUUGUACAGUUUCCCUAACAAUGCUCAGUAUCAUGGGCGAAUUUUUCCGCAAAUUAAUUGGAAUUCUAUAUGUUAAUCCCGCAACAGAUGAAGUACGAAUUGCUCAUUUAAAUUUUUGGGGAAACCGAAAAGAAAUUAUAAGGUCCAUCAACGAUAUCGUUCCUCCGUCUGAUAUCGGUGAAAAUAUAUCUGAUGCCUUCGUAAAAUUAAAAUUUGUUGACAAAUCGACCCCUAAUUUGUACUUGAGUGUAAAAUACGGUCGAAUUCUAGACAAAGAUUUGUUUCAGCGUGUUAUCGGUGAGGACAUGAAUAGGCAGUGAUAUCUAUCAAAUAAACAAUUGUGUAGGCUAUCGA